AUGGAGGUGGAGGAUAGGGUGUUUAGGUUGGCGCAAAGAUGUGUCCAGAUUGUGCAUUUAGAUGCUAUGAAGGAAUUAUUGGACAAGAAUGAGCUGGAUGGGGUGGUUUCCCAUUUAAAGUAUCUUCAUUUGGAUUUUGGUGUGGAGGACAUGGACUACCGAAUGGUUUUGGAAGGUCUCCUCAGGAAGGUUUUGCCAAGAAGAGUUAACUAUGGAGAUUCCUGGUUCGCCGUGCGAGAUAAAUUGUUGUCAGUUUAUGGAGAAGCACUUUCUUCAUCUUGCAUCCGUCUUGUUCAGAUGAUUCAGGUGGUAUUGAUGUUUAGUCUUUAAACAUCUGAGCUGCUGAACUUAUUUGCCAGUAAAAAAUAGUUAAUUGUUCAUAAUUUUUGCUAUGGUGCUUAUGUUGAGUCACCCUUAACUGGUUGUAGCCGGCUAGUGAAAUCUUGUAGAGUCCUUUUUGACACAGAAGUAAAUGUAUAUUUUUUUGGCUAUCCUGAUGCUAUUAUUUCUUUUCCAUUCU